AUGUUGAUUAAGGAUCGGUUGAAGACUAUUUUUGAUACGCAAAAGUCGUUUGUCGAUUUAAAGCAUCGAGAGGUUGAGUACGUUGUCGAUGACUUGGUGUUUCUUAAGGUUUCUCCUUGGAAGAAGGCAUUACAUUUUGGGUGUAAGGGUAAGCUUAGUCCGAGGUUUAUAGGACAGUUUGAGGUAUUAGAGCAUGUUGGGUUAGUUAUGUAUCGUUUGAGGUUGACGCCUGAGCUCGAGCAUUUUUACAACGUGUUUUAUGUGUCGAUGUUGUGUAGAUAUAGGUCAAAUAAUUCUCAUGUCGUUUCUGCUAAUGAGGUUGAUCUUUCUUACGAGUAA